AUUUAAAAGCUUUCAUUGAUGUGUACAUUUGUUCCCACUGUGGCGGGGAAUUUGCUUCUAAGCCAAAACUUCAAAAUCACCAGAGAAAUUGUCUCCUGAGAUCAGCAGAGCUUCAACUGGCUACGCCCAUGGAAAUUGCUCAGUGGCAUUAUCAAUAUGGCUGUCUGACCCCACCUCGCUCUUCUGCUGCGCUGCAAAACAGCUCACGACUGGGUGACUUUAGGAGUCCUAGCACCACAAGGGAGCCGGUGACUUAUCCCAACAUUUGGCAGUCUAAAGAAAGUUUUAUUACCGCCCUGGGACUGCUACCUAAAAAGAAGGCAGCACAAGUCUGUAGCCAAAGAAGGAAUACGCAGUGUGAGAGUAUUGACUUGGAUGAUGAUAUUCCCUUGUCCCCUACAUUACCUCGAACUCCAAAACUUCUCAUAUCUCACUUAAGUCGUGACGGAAGUGAAAAGUGUGGGGAUAAUUCUCCAUCUCGUGUCAAAAAGUCACUGUUCUCGUCACAGCCUAGCCAGACUGACGAAGAGGUCAGCAGCAAGAAAAACGAUAACACAGAAGGAGACAAAAGUGAAGAGAGAAGUAAAAUAUCACAUGCAAAAUCGUUAUACAGCCUGGAUUUGACCUCUCCGCUGGGUCAGUUUGUUAUUAAGCACAUUAAGGGAGAUCCUAAUCUCCAUGUCCUGUCAGAUGUGGAGAGCCAUUGCUUGACCUCGACACCAACAGUGAUCACACCGGCUAUCAAGUUGAGAGACAGGCACGUAACAUAUCCUAUAACGUUUAAAGGCUUUUCAGGGAAAACCAACUCUUCCCACAUACACCUGUACAAAUUUACCCGCAGGCAGAAAGUGGAAUUUCUUCAUCGUGUUAACACAGGACUGGACAAAAGCAGCAGGGCGUUGCUGAGGACAAUGAAAAAGUGUCAGGUGAUACUGGCUCAUCUGACCAAGGCUGAUCUAAAGAGGUGGAUGGUGUCCAGCCUUGAUGUCACAGUGGACUUGGAACCUCUGUCAGCAGCGGAAAUAUUCUUCUGGACAUCUCCCAAUAAGGUUGCAGAUACAAACUGCAACAGUCUAGCAGUGUUUCCUCGUGGGCUGAGUUUCUCAUCUCCAGAUGUGAACAAUGUUCUGGGCCUAAAAACAUGCCGGGAUGGUAGGCUGUGUAGGAGGUACCACCUUUCUGUGGCGAAUUAUGUUUCUGAAGAGGCAUGUGCUGAAGAGACAGAAAAUAGAAGAGCUGUCUAUAAAAGCUUGCUGUCAGACACUGGGAUGUCAGAACCUGCAAGUGCUCCACCGUCUGUGUCAGCUCUAAGGCUGGCUUUAACCUCUCCUCCUUUAUAUAUAAUGCCUGAAAGGCAAGUACAUUCUUCACUAGGUUCUGCAGAUUCAGAAGUUCUAAUGGGCAGUGUUUGUACAUCAUCCCGAUCACCAGCCUCCUCAUCUUCAGUAGAUAAGAGCAGUAUCAAGGAGGAAACCCAGCACUGCAUUCUUUUAUCUGUUGAUACAGGCUCUGACCAUCCAAUGGGUGCAGUGGUUAGUGAAUUUACAAUAGAACCGGGACUGUUGAGCGGCAGUUCGAACCCAGUGUCGGGAGAUCAAACUGACAAUCUGGUGACACUAAGGUCUCUUCUAUCAGCUGCUAAUUGUACUUACAUACGGACUGCUUUGGAGGGGGAAACUAUACAGAAUUCAGCAGCUAACUAUCAGAAAGUAGGUAAAGGUUCACUUAAAUGUACUCAAGCAGAACAAAGAACUGCUGACAGAAACCUGUUGGUGAAUAGCAAAUUUCCCCUGAAACCAGUUGUUAUACAACAGUCUUCUAUGAUCAGUGCAACAAAGAAGCGUGGUUUAAAGACCACUGAUUCUGUAAAAGCAAAGAAAAGAAAAGUGAGCACCCCACCAUCUGUAAUUGAACAUUCACAGAAACAUGGUCAUUCUCUUUUAGCAACUGCUAGAAAAACAGGACAGGAUGUUUCUCAGCGAAAAUCAGGAAACAAAUACAUCUCUCCUGCAGCAGAUAGAACAGCAGCUGGCUGUGCAGCCAUAUGUGUUGAUUCAAGAUUAUCCAUGCAUUCUACAUACUCUGGUUCUGAGAAACACAUCAAUCCUCCACAGUUUUUGAAGGUUGAAAGCACCCAGAACCAGCUAGAGCCUUUUAACUGUGAUGCUUUAAAUCAAGGAGUUGGUCAGCAAAUCAAGCAACAAGAAAAUGGUCAAUGUUCAGGCUGUUACAGAAGACAAAUCACUGUUGCUUCUUUCUUGAAUGGUAAUGUAGAAAACUGCCACAGAUGUAUUGUGUGCCAGCACACAGUUACAGACAGAUCUCUGCAUGAAAAGAAGCUACAUCAUUCUCUGCAAGUAACAAAUGGAAAGCGAAUACGUUCUUCAAAGCUCGAUAAACAUACUGCAAAAGAUACAGAGACAAAUCUUACUAUUAAGAAGCCUAGAUAUAUUUCUCCCUUGUGUGUUGGGGAUGGAAUCGAGAGGACGAACAGAAUUGAAAGUAAAAGUGCAGUUAAUAGCAGUAUUAGCAAGGUUGUUAAAGUAACAAAGAAAUCUUACCUUCCUGUAAAUGCAUCAUUAGAAAUGUCAUCUGAAAAAAAUGCUUCACCUCACAGGCUCAGAAUUGUUUCCAACUCCUUGCCAUCUUCCCCUCAACUGCGACAGUCAUCCCUUAUCAAUACAAUUUCAAUACCUCGCAAGGCAGAGGUCAGGAAAAGCAUGUUGUCAUCAUUUCUGCUGAAAUCUAAGUGA